AGACCAGGUGAGAGUGAAAGAGCAAAGACAAGAACUGAAUGAAGUGGAGGAGGAACAUCGUAACUUUACAAUUCAAAGAACAAAAGCCAAAAAGACGCACACCUGCACUCAGUGUGGAAAGAGUUUCUCACUGAAAGGAAACCUUAACUCACACAUGAGAAUUCACACUGGAGAGAAACCGUAUACAUGCACUCAGUGUGGAAAGAGUUUCACACAGAAAGGAAGCCUUAACACACACAUGAGAAUUCACACUGGAGAGAAACCGUAUACAUGCACUCAGUGUGGAAAGAGUUUUUCUCAAGCAUUAAGUCUCAGUGUUCAUCUGCUCAUUCACUCUGGAGAAAAAACAUUUAACUGUGAUCAGUGUGGUAAAGAUUUUAUUUCAUCAUCAAAUCUAAAAGAUCACCUAAAAGUUCAUUCAGAUGAGAAGCCUUAUGCGUGUUCUCUCUGUGGAAAGAGUUUUUCAAGGCUGGACGGUUUUAAACAGCACCAGAAAACACACAAUGAAGUGAGAGAUUAUAUGUGCUUUGACUGUGGGAAGAGCUUUACUAGAGCUGCUGAUCUGAAACAGCACCAAAGAAUUCAUACUGGAGAAAAACCUUACAAGUGCUCAUAUUGUGAGAAGAGUUUCACUCAGGCUGGAUCCCUGAAAUUACACGAGCGAGUUCAUACUGGAGAGAAGCCGUACCAAUGUACUCAGUGUGGGAAGAGUUUCACCCAAUCAAGUAGUCUAUUGACUCAUAUUAGAAAGCAUUGUUUUGUGUCACAGUGAGCAAAUGUUUUGUUA